GGAGUUAAACAGGGCAAAGAUCACACACACACUCCCAGGUAGCACUUAUCUGGCAAAGCCUGAACAGUAUAAAUGCACAAUUUAAAAUGCGUCUCUUCACAUGUAUGGGAUCUGUCAGUCACUCCAGCAGGUAAUCCUGAGCAGCUGUUGAUUCAUCAGCAAUCUCUUGGACACCUCCAGGCACCGGGCACGGGCCAUGGCGACCACGGACACAAGCAGCAAUGUGCACCAUCGCAACACCUCAACAUCCCAGAGAGACCACCCCACAGAAAACGGAGUUUCAACCCCUGUGAAACUUGCCGAGCUCCAGCUGGAGGAUUUAAGACUCUGGAGGAAGCAUAUGGAGCAAGUGAAGGUGGGCGUUCUCGAGGAGGUUCAGGAACAAAUCAGUGGCCUGCUGGACAGGACCAUCAAAGAGUCUGUGGAGUCCUUCUCCAAGCACACCAACUCACCUGUGGACAGGAAAGAGCCGAAGAAUGCUUCCCGAUUACACAAGCCAGGGGAUGGAAAAGCCUUCAUUGCCAGACAAUCCUUAUUAGAUGAGCUCUUUGAGAUCAGUCACAUCAGGACCAUCUACCACAUGUUCAUUGCUGUCCUGUUCCUCUUCAUAAGCAGCACCAUAGCUGUGGACUACAUCGACCAGGGCAGACUGGUGCCCGAGUUUGACCUCUUCUUCUAUGCCUUCGGGCAGCUGUCGGUGGUGGUGUGGUCCUGGCUGCUCAUGUUCAGCUACACGUUGCUGGGGCCCUACUUUGCGCUGUGUGUGUGGGGAGAACUGUACCACAGCAGUGGCUGGAGGGUCCUGGUGUCUAUCACGGCAGGCCUGCUGCUGGCAGUGGCGGAGACUGCACUGCUGCUCGUGUUCCCCGUCUAUGUGAUCCUGCACCACCAACUCCCUCCAGCCUCACGAUUCAUCCUCGCCAUCGAGCAGAUCAGAUUCUUUAUGAAAAGCUACUCUUUCAUCCGCGAGACCGUUCCUGCUGUCAUCCAGAACAAGCCCAAGGAAGGAUGUCCUCCAAAAACACCCACGCUGUCCAGUUACCUUUAUUUUCUGUUUGCUCCCACUCUGAUAUUCCGGGAGUCUUACCCCAGAAACCCCUACAUUAGGUGGAACUACAUUGGAUUAAAUUUGUUCAAGAUUAUGAGCAGUAUAUUCUAUUUGAAUUUCAUCCUUGUCCGGCUGUGCAUUCCUGUGUUUACAAAUGAGGACAACAAACCCUUCACCACAAGGACACUGGUGCUUGCCAUGUUUCAUGCGUCAUUUCCAGGUAUGCUGAUGUUUCUUCUCGGCUUCUAUGCCUUCCUCCACUGCUGGCUCAACACCUUUGCAGAGCUGAUGCGAUUCGCUGACAGAAUGUUCUAUCAGGACUGGUGGAACUCAACUUCUUUUGCCAACUACUACCGCACGUGGAACAUAGUGGUGCAUGACUGGCUGUACUAUUACGGAUACAGAGACUUCCUUGUGCUGUCCAAGCGAAAGUUCCGCUCUGCAGCCAUGUUGGGCGUGUUUGCCGUCUCUGGUCUGGUGCAUGAGUAUGCCCUGACGAUGCUCCUCGGCUUCUUCUACCCAGUCAUGUUCUGCACAUUCGCAGGUUUUGGAAUGAUGUUCAACUUUGCCAUAAAUGACAAACGCAAGAGUCACUUCUGGAACAUCAUCAUGUGGACCUGUCUUAUGUUUGGCCAAGGGAUUCACGUGUGUUUGUACUGUCAGGAGUGGUACGCCCUCAUCCACUGUCCCCGUACUGGGACUAGCUUCUGGGAACUAGUGACACCAAGAUCCUGGUUUUGUGACUACAAGUAAAUCCAAGUGAGGACCCUCUGAUGAAUGAAAGCUUCAACCAGAGAGGGUUAUCAAUUAAUCAGUAAUCAAGGAUCUUUGCUUCAAGGAGCCAAAAGUACACAUCUGUUUUUUUUUUCUUCUGCCUUAACUGUAUAUAUUUAUACACAAUGUCUCGUUUGGAUCUUCUUAGGAUCAUUCUUGAAUAAUUCAUAUGUAUGAUUACAUUGUACAUAGUCUGUCUAGGAGAUGUUUAUUAUUAUGUAUUAUUCAUGUGCACACAUUUGAUCAUAUCAAUAAAACAAUGAACAGAACAAUAAAAUAUGUUCAUACUUUUAAAGGUAGCCUAGUCUGGUAUUGAUCAUAAAUAUAUACAUAAUGAUGAAAUGAGUUCAAUUGGUCAAAAGUAAAGUGUAUACAAAAGCAA